CCACAGCAGGAUUAACUCCGCGAAACGCCAGCAACUCCUGCAAAAUGACACUUGGAGAAGUUUAACAUGGACAACAGCACCGCGACGCGCAGGAUGGAGCCCACCAUCCCGGCCAUCAUGUUCAUCUUUGGAGUCAUCAGCAACCUGAUCGCCAUCGUGGUGCUCUGCAAGUCCAGGAGGGAGCAGAAGGAGACCACCUUCUACACUCUGGUCUGCGGUCUGGCGGUCACGGAUCUCCUGGGAAGCGUCCUCGCCAGUCCGGUGACCAUCGCCACUUACGUGAAGGGCGCUUGGCCUGAUGGAGACCCCCUGUGCCAGUACUUCGGAUUCGUUCUGCUCUUCUUCUCCCUCGCGGGACUGAGCAUCAUCUGCGCCAUGUCCAUCGAGAGAUACAUCGCCAUCAAUCACGCGUACUUCUACAACGACUACGUGGAUAAGAAGCUCGCGGGAGUCACGCUGCUCGCCAUUUACGCAUCCAACAUACUGUUCUGCGCGCUGCCGAGCGCUGGUUUUGGAGAGGUCAAGAUGCAACACCCUCAAACCUGGUGCUUCAUCGACUGGCGGACCAACGUGAGCACGCACGCCGCGUUUUCCGUCAUGUACGCGGGCUGCAGCUCGCUGCUGAUCCUGGUGACGGUGGUCUGUAACGUGCUGGUGUGCGCCGCGCUCAUCCGGAUGCACCGGAGGUUCGUCAGGCGCACGUCGCUCGGCACAGACCCGGGCAGAGCGUCUGAUCCCGGCAGGAGCCGCAGCUUUAGCCGCCUCGCUGGCGCGGAGAUCCAGAUGGUCAUUCUGCUCAUCGCCACCUCCGCCGUCGUGCUUAUUUGCUCCAUUCCGCUCGUUGUCCAGGUGUUUCUCAACCAACUUUACAAGACGCCGGUGGAGAAACGUCUGGAUAAAAAUCCAGAUCUGUUGGCGAUCCGAUUUGCCUCGACCAACCCCAUUCUAGAUCCCUGGAUCUACAUCCUGCUGCAUAAAGCGGUUCUCUCAAAA